AGCACCAGCACCAACCAGCCCACGCCGACUUCCCCACCAUCUUCCCUUGUCUUGUCGGCGACAACAACCUCAACACUCCAGACUAUCCGUGUAGAGUGCAAUCAUGUCGCGGAGAUACGAUUCCCGAACGACCAUCUUCUCCCCAGAGGGCCGCCUUUACCAGGUCGAAUACGCGCUUGAAGCCAUCUCGCACGCCGGAACAGCAUUAGGCAUCUUGGCUCAGGAUGGCAUUGUGCUGGCCGCAGAGCGAAAGGUCACCAGCAAGUUGUUGGAGCAGGACACAUCAGCCGAGAAGCUAUACAUCCUGAACGACAACAUGAUUUGUGCUGUUGCAGGAAUGACGGCCGACGCUAACAUCCUCAUCAACUACGCCCGUCAAGCCGCCCAACGCUAUCUUCUCACCUACAACGAAGACAUUCCCUGCGAGCAGCUCGUCCGCCGCCUAUGCGAUCUCAAGCAAGGUUACACGCAACACGGUGGUCUCCGACCAUUCGGUGUAUCCUUCAUCUACGCUGGUUGGGACCCGCAGCGACAGUUCCAGUUGUAUCAGAGCAACCCCAGUGGCAACUACGGCGGCUGGAAGGCAACGAGCGUUGGUGCGAACAAUGCUUCUGCGCAGAGUCUGUUGAAGCAGGACUACAAGGAAGAAUGCAGUCUGAAGGAGGCAUGUGGGCUUGCCGUCAAAGUGUUGAGCAAGACAAUGGACUCGACUAAGCUAAGCAGCGAGAAGAUUGAAUUCGCGACAGUAGGAAAGACCAAGACCGGAAAGAUCUACCACCACCUCUGGGGAGCGGAUGAGAUCGAUGCUCUCCUCAAGGAGCAUGGCCUGGCUAAGGCCGAGGACACUGAAAUGUCCGAGUCAUGAAGAACACGAGCAAUGCACGACAUGAACAGGCGCAACGAAUAGGCCUCUGCAUGAUAGAAUGAGGCUUGUAGUAUACCAUACAGUGAGAGCUAUGUGGCAUCUCGUAGCUAAUCUCACACGUCAUGACCUG